GGGCUGUUGGUUCCUCAUUAUCAUGGGCCGGGCUAGCCUGGGCCACACUGUUAUCGUCGUCGAGAAAAACCCCAUGGGUGUGUGUAGUGUGUCUCCCUUUAGAGCGGAAAACUGGCAGUUACACUUGCUUGAAAUGUAUCUUUUAUUUAAUAAAACUAGUUUCCAGGCUUGUCUCGGAUAGCCCGACGGGUCCACUCGAAGAGAAGAAGUAGGAAGUGCAAAGGAAUGCUCGGUAAAGAGAACAGACGGUCAUACCAAGAGUUCAACGAUGAUGAGAAUGAAGACACGCAGUCUCCGGGCUUCUUUGACAAUCCCACUGCAGAGCUGGAUCGCGACGAGCCCAAAAGCCGCGUCUCGCAAGAGGAUGACACCAGGGAAAACAGUCCACCGGUGAGAUUCAGCAAAGCCUGCCUGAAGAACUUCUUCACCGUGGUGCUGAUCUUCAUCUACCUGCUGCUGACCGGGGUGGCCGUGUUCCUGGCCUACCAGACCAUCUCCGACUUUCUGGAGAGAUUCCACCACCCGGUUAUGUCUGUCACCUACAAGGAGGUGGACUCCUUUUCACCCCCAGGUAUCGCUCUGUUUCCCGGCAAAGCUCAGCUGUUGAGCUGCCGACAUCAUUACCAUGACAACAUCCCACCUUUAGUGGACCCUGGCAAGCACCAAGAGGGAGACUGUGUGAUUAAUGACGUGACUUACAUCGGACCAUUUACCAAUCAGACUGAGAAAAGAGCUCUGGUGGUCCGCGGCCCGUCUGACGUCAGAAACAAAGAGCUGAUCUUCAUGCAGUUCAGCCUUAAUGAAACAGAGGAGGACUUCAGCGCCAUCUCUUACAUGCUUUUUGCCAAUUUUAGUGACUUGAUUGAGAGUGCCAAUAAAUCCGGCUUCAUGAGGGAUUGUGAGAGCAACUACUCCAUGUGGACUUUCUCUGGAGGAUUCAGAACCUGGGUCAAGAUGUCUUUAGUGAGGACGUCUGGCAAAAACAAUGAAGCUGUCGAGUUUCGGCAAGAGUCCGCUGUGGUAAAAUUCAAUGACAAAAGGCCUGCAUCAGAAAAAAACAAUGAGCUCUUCUUUGCUGUCUUUGAAUGGCGGGAUCCUUUUAUGCAAGACAUCAGACUGAUAGUGACUGCAAAUCCCUGGAACUCUGUAGCCAUUCUCUGUGGCGUCUUCAUGGCUCUCUUCAAGGCUGCUAAUUUUGCUAAACUCACGAUUCAGUGGAUAAUCCGAAUGCGUAAGAGGCAUCUGAGGAAUAAAGCCCGGGAGCUGAACCAAAUAACCUGAACCACUUUGCAGAAAAGCACUGAUGACACAAUCUGACGAGCUCCAAAUGAUCCAAGUGAGGUUUUUUUAGGUCACUACUUGCACCGUUUUCUAAUCCAUAACAUUUGUUAGAACAUAACACUUUAUAGAUACAGCGAUAUGUUGAAACUGAAUACCACUGCAAGAUGAAUCAUUUCC